UCUUAUGUGCAGCCAAGAGAAACAGACUAAAGAAGGUGUUUGGAGUUUUUAGGGGUACAAGGUUGGACAUAAUUCCAUGAAGAAAUCAAUGCAUUAGGCUAAUGAUUGCCAGCCGGAGAGGAGCAACACAUAUGUAUAAUGCGUAUGAUUCCUACAUACAAGAGUUGAUUUGAAUGGUCAUUGCCUACAUUCUCAGGACUGUGGUGAUUUCUUCCCUGUAAUCCUGUGACCAGUACUGGCAGUACCAUGCUCCCACUAUUGUUGUUACUGCUGAGUCUUAACCAGCCAGCAGCAACAGCAGCAGCAACAGCAGCAACAGCAGCAGCACAAAGUGAGGGACCUUUAUUGAAGGUUAAAGUUGGUAUCGAUGAAGAUCCAACAACAGCAACCAACAAGACCUCUGAUGACUACUAUGAUGAUUCUUAUAAUGAUCAAACUAAUACCGACUCACAAUGGUUGUACGAAUUAAUUGAAGAGAGAGAUGAGUGUGAUCCAAAUCCUUGUUACAACAAUGGUGUAUGUGAGAAUGAUGGUGAUGGCGAUUUCAAAUGCAUUUGCCCUCGGCCUUUUAAGGGCAAAAGGUGUCAAUCUGUUAUAAAUGUGUGUAGGAAUGUCAGGUGUGGCCGUGGAGUAUGUGUUUUUAUUGACACUGAGCCCUUUUAUGAGUGCAAGUGUAUCGCCCCCUUCCAGCCUCCAAAUUGCAGAAGACCCUCACCCUGUAAUCCCAGUCCCUGUUUGAAUGGUGGAACAUGUGUGAAGGGUCGAACACGGGCUUCAUUCCACUGCAACUGUACUGAAAACUACAGUGGAAAGUUCUGCCAAGUUGGUCCUGAUGAUUGCUAUGAGGGAGAUGGGGCAUCAUACAGAGGUUUUGUCAGUGAAACAAUAUCUGGACAUGACUGUGUACCUUGGAACACUCAUUUUGUAUCAAAUCUUGGUGAUGAUGAUUAUACUGAGGCUGGCAAGGAGGAGGAGGAGGAGGAAGAGGAGGAUGAUGGAAUUGGACCGCAUAACUAUUGCAGGAACCCAGAUGGGGAAAGCCAGCCUUGGUGUUUCUUCAGACACAAUAACACAUUUUACUGGGAUGAGUGUAAUGUCAGACGUUGCCAAGGAGGAACAGCUUUAACCCCAACUGAGCCAUCAACUGAGGUAGCGAUUACCAGACCUACUCCAGAAAAUGAGUUCUCUGUGUGUGGAAAGCUAUGGCCAAGUAGGAUUACACCUAGGAUUUUUGGUGGGAGGAAGGCCAAGCCUGGAACUCAUCCCUGGCAAGUGUCAUUGCAGACACGCAUCAGAAAUAGCACUCAACCUUUCACUCAUGACUGUGGAGGAACCCUCCUCAGCUCCUGCUGGGUCCUCACUGCUGCUCACUGCAUACAUGAGGAAAAUGAGAUGCAGGUGGAGCUGGGUGGGGUGGACCUGGAAAAGUCUGAGCCAGCAGAUCAGAAACUAGCAGUCCAAAGUUAUAUCCUCCAUGAGAACUACACCGAAAUUGACGAUGUCCAGUACAAUGACAUAGCCCUGCUCAAACUGAAGCCUGUGACAGAAGAUGGUCUUUGUGCCAGAGAGACCAGGUAUGUUAAAUCUGCCUGUCUGCCCCCUGGCCCUUUUCCUGAUGGGAUGGAAUGUUCUAUAUCAGGCUUUGGAGUCACUGAGAAAGAUGAGCGUGGUUCAAAACAGUUGCUGGACACAAAAGUUCUCCUGAUCAACCAAAACCGCUGCAUGGCUCCUAAUGUUCUUGGUGAUCUGCUGGAUGACAGCAUGGUCUGUGCCGGACGAAUGCAAGGAGGGGUUGAUGCCUGCCAGGGAGAUUCUGGGGGUCCCCUGAUCUGUAAACAGAAUGAGACACAUUAUAUCUAUGGAGUGGUGAGCUGGGGUGAUGGUUGUGGCAAGAAGAAUAAACCUGGUGUUUAUGCCCGUGUCACCAAAUUUCUUGACUGGAUCAAUGAAAAGAUGCGCUCCAAAUAAAGCUGGGACAUAUUCUGAUUAUUAUAGAAGUGACAUAGUGGCAUACAUUAUCCAGCUUCCACAAAACCUUUUUUUUGUUUGUUUUCAUGGCCAUAAAUUAUAUACCAUGCAAUAAGUAAUUUUAUUGUAUCCUGUCAGACAUCUGUAUAAUAAAAUCUCCAAUCCAGCUGUGGUUACACAAAUCAGUUUUUCAC